CCGGGAGGCGGUAUAGUUUUGCUUUGCUUGCUCAUAGUUAUUACCCGACUUCACAAGGAAUGGAAUUAUAAUUCUUCAUACAUCUCUUCAAGGGAAAAUUUUUCUAAUCACUCCUUGCAAGCAGGUGCUGAAGGAGGUAGUGUCUACUUUGGGGUCUCUGUCUUCUCCUACGCUGAACUUGAAAAAGCCACGCAUAACUUUGAUCCUACUAAAGAAUUGGGAGAUGGAGGUUUUGGCACUAUAUACCAUGGUAAGAUGGUUCGAAGUUCUAAAUAUCAAUUAGAAUGUUAAGACUUUGUUUGGAUCUUGAAUUUGCGGAAAUAGAAGAAAAGAAAAAAGAGAUGUGUUUACCAUUAACAUAAAUGUUUGCAUAAAUGUUUUACUAUUAACAUAUUUAUAGUGGCAUAUUCUCUAUUCAUACAUUUCACAUUUCUCUUCUUUUUUUUUUUCUUUAUUUAUACAAAUUCAAAAUCUAAACACAACAAAAAUGUUUUUACCAUUAACAUAUUUAUGGUGACAUUAAAUUUUCCUAUAAUUCAUACAUAUGAAAUGGCAUAAUCUUUGGUCUUUUCUUAACCAAGAAAACUCCAGGAUGGGCGGGAAGUUGCAGUGAAGCGCCUGUACGAGCACAACUACAAGCGGGUGAGGCAGUUCAUGAAUGAAAUCCAGAUACUAACCUCCUUGAGGCACCCCAAUCUUGUCACCCUUUAUGGUUGCACCUCACACCUGAGCCAGGAACUGCUCCUUGUCUACGAGUAUAUUCCCAAUGGUACUGUUGCUGAUCAUCUACGUGGUGAUCGAGCAAAUGUUGGUUCACUCACAUGGCCUAUUCGUAUGAACAUAGCCAUAGAAACCGCCAGUGCAUUGGCUUACCUCCAUGCUUCUGAUAUCAUCCAUCGCGAUAUCAAGACCAACAACAUACUCCUUGACAAUAAUUUUUGCGUCAAAGUUGCUGAUUUUGGGCUUUCAAAACUCUUCCCCAAUGAUGUCACUCAUGUCUCAACGGGCCCCCAAGGUACUCCCGGUUAUGUUGAUCCAGAGUACCACCAAUGCUACCAACUCACUGAUAAGAGUGAUGUCUAUAGCUUUGGGGUUGUGCUCGUAGAGCUCAUAUCAUCAAUGCCAGCCGUUGACAUUACUAGGCAUAAGCAAGAUAUUAAUUUGUCUAUCUUAGCGAUAAACAGAAUCCAAAAUAGUACCCUAGAUGAGUUAGUUGAUCCAACACUUGGGUUUAAGUCAGAUUCUUCAAUUGAAAGGAUGAUUACAUGGGUGGCAGAGGGGCUUUUAGAUGCUUGCAACUUGAAAAGGAAAUGAGGCCUACAAUGGAUGAGGUUUUGGAAGCUUUAAAGGAUAUUAAGCAGUACAAAAAUGAGAACACUAGGGAGAAUUGACAAUGUCGGGGCAUUAACAAGUGCACAAUCACCUUCUUCGCCUAAGAGAGAUGAUGUUGUGUUGUUGAAGAAAAUAAAGUCACUAUCUUCACAGGAUUUCGUGAGUAACAAAUGGGUCAGUAGCUCUACCACAUCCAUUUCCAGUGGGUAAGGCUCCAUUUCACUCUCCUAAACUUCGAGGUAGAUAAUAAGAAAAUGCAUUUAACAACCGUAUCGUUUGCAAGCGAAUGGUUUUUGAAUUUCUUUUCCUUUUUAUCUGCUUGCCUUUGUUACUGAUAUAUAUCAGAUAAUUAUAUUGAGGGAGGAAUGUAUAUAGUAAAUGGAGAUCUCAAUUGUAUAUAUGUUCGUAUUUGGAUAUAUUUGAAGUAUAUAGUAAAUGGAGCUAUACUUUUCUAGGAAUUA